UCAUAUGGAGAAAAACAGGUCGACAAUUUAAAGAAAAAACUUCAGAAGAAGAGGACUGUGACAAACAGUGAGAAAGUGAAACGCCUCUUCUGUGAAGCUGAAGAAGAUGAUCGAUCCUUAUUAUCAGAAAGCGAAGAGAAUAUGGGUAGCUCACCAGAUCUUUCUGUGAAAAAACGACACCCCCAUCAAAAAGAAGUUGAUAAAUCAAAAUCGGGUCGUUCUAGAUCAUGUACGUCUCAUAUUCAUGCACGUUCUCAUGGCAGUAUAUACUCAUCGUCACUGAAGGAAAAUAUGAGUCCACUAAAAGGCCGGUAUGUCUCUGCAACACAACCUCUCGAAAGAAGUUUGUCAAGGUCUAGGACUGAACAAAGGAUAAUUGAGACCCCAAAAGUUAUAGAUAAAGAGCCAACGGGUGGAAAUAUAAAAAAUCUUGAACGCCAAUCCUUUAUGAAUGCCGAGCUAACGCCAACCAACCAAGCUGAUGAUAGUAAUUCCCAGGCAAUUCUCAAAAAACAACUUCGUGAUUUAACAUCAGCUGUUGGGCAGAUCCAGUCACAGUUGGUGAAAGUUCUGUCUGGCAUCGGAGAUAUUAAAGACCAAUUAAAAGAAACAGUUGUACCCUCGGUGAAUCAUGGACCAAUCGAUAAUUUGCAAGACUAUUUUUGUGCUACGCUAGAAGAAUUUCAGGAUUUCAAUAUUAAACUAGAAAGAGAUGCUGAUUUUCGUAACUCCAUAUGUCAUGGAAUCAAACCUAAAAUUAAUUUGACAACGAAACUUCAGUUCAGUAUUGCUGCAAUAUUAAGAAUAUUGGUACAUGUCAAUAUCUUCAAUCAUUAUACUGCCCAAAAAAAAGUUGCAAACAAAGAACUGCUCAUUAAUUCACCCUUGUGGAAAUGCAUAACAGGUCAAAUAGCAGAAGAAGCAGCAAGACAUGGAUUACCCCAAGUCAAGGACGCUGACAUCCAGACAGCUUUGAGUUACGCAAUCAACAAUAUCAAAUCCGAAAAAAAAACCCCUGACGGAGAUGCCACUCAGCUUAAUGUUUGAUUCUAAUAUCAGUUCAACAUAUUCAGUAAGUAAAGUUUGACGUCUGCAGGAAGAAGGAUCUCAGAUACCAAAACAAUUAUCCAAUCUUAGUAUAAGAUUUAUUAUCAGUUGAUUCAUCGUUGUUGAUUAUCAUGUGUGAUAUCAGUUUAACUUUGUUUAACAUUCAAAUAUGUAGUGAAAGAAACAGUUAAAAUA